AUGCGGCUACGAGGCCAGUCUUUUACCAGCUUGUUUCUCGGCGCUCGCAGCACGAGGGUUUGUUGGCUGCGUGGUUUGCGUCCAAUUAUGACAGAUUUGCUUUAUACUUUAUAACGACAAAAUGCAGAACGACGACGUCAUAUGGAGCAUCAUCAAAGGAAGCUUCUGCUCCUUCAAAGUCAACACGAAGGGCCAGCAGUUUUGCCGAAACGAUUUCAACUUGACGGGCCUGUGCAACCGAUCGUCAUGUCCCCUGGCCAACUCGGUGUACGCCACCAUCAAAGAGGAAGAAGGCAACUGCUACCUUUACAUGAAGACGAUCGAGCGAGCCGCCUUUCCUAACAGGCUUUGGGAGAAGGUGAAGCUAUCCAAGAACUUCGAGAAGGCACUAGAACAGAUCAACCAGCACUUGGUCUACUGGCCCCGGUUCGUGCGCCAGAAAUGCAAACAGCGCCUGCUCAAGAUCACCCAGUACAUCAUCCGCAUGCGCAAGCUUAGACUUUCUCGCCAGAGGAAACUGGUGCCCAUGCAGCGCAAGAUAGAACGACGAGAGCGCAGGAGAGAGGAGAAGGCACUUGUGGCCGCCCGUCUUGACUCGGCCAUCGAAAAGGAGUUGCUAGACCGCCUACGGCAGGGCACGUACAAGGACAUCUACAACUUCCCUCAGAAGGCUUUUGACAAUGCCCUCAAGGGCGAGGAGAUCGAGAGCGAGGUGGAAACGGACGAGGAGGAGGAGGAGGAAGUAGAGGACGACCACGAUGUUGGUACGGUGGAGUAUGUUGCUGCUGAGGAUAUGGAAGAGAGCGACAUGUCCGACCUGGAAGACAUUGCUGACAGCGAUUCGUCGGAAGAAAAAGAAGCUGAUGCUGAGCGACCCACCAGAUCAUCCUUAAGGAAAAAGCGGCCACACGUCGAGAUUGAAUAUGAGCAAGAGGCAGAGCCUUCCACUUCCAAAAUUAAUGGAAAAGACUUUUAGGCGAUCUCUUCGAUAUGUAAUGUACAAUUUCCCAGUGCAAAAAUGCUGUUCCAAUUAAACAAAACUAGAAAAGAAAAAAAAUUGUGCUUAAGAACGUUUUA